AGGCCAAGACACAGCCCAUUCCCCUUGACAGGGCUGGGCUCCCCAGCACAUGGGCUACUAGUGCACCGAUGGUGCGUCACAGGGCUUGCUGUGACAGCGGGCAGGAGGAGUGGGGCGGCAGCCUGUGUGCCCAGCGACCUGUCCCCCGAGGAGUGCCAGGAGCUUGAGAACAUCCGGCGACGCAAGCAGGAGCUGCUGGCAGACAUACAGCGCCUGAAAGAUGAGAUAGCAGAGGUGACUAAUGAAAUCGAGAACCUGGGGUCCACAGAAGAGAGGAAAACAAUGCAGAGAAACAAGCAGGUGGCAAUGGGCAGGAAGAAGUUCAACAUGGACCCUAAGAAGGGGAUCCAGUUCUUGAUUGAAAACGACUUGUUGAAGAACACGUGUGAUGACAUCGCCCAGUUUCUCUACAAGGGGGAAGGGCUCAAUAAGACGGCCAUUGGCGAUUACUUGGGCGAAAGAGAUGACUUCAAUAUCCAGGUGUUGCAUGCGUUUGUGGAGCUACAUGAGUUUACUGACCUCAACCUGGUGCAGGCACUGCGGCAGUUCCUCUGGAGCUUCCGGCUGCCAGGGGAAGCUCAGAAGAUUGACAGGAUGAUGGAGGCUUUCGCACAACGAUAUUGCCAAUGCAACCCCGGUGUCUUCCAGUCCACAGAUACUUGUUACGUGCUGUCCUUUGCCAUCAUCAUGCUCAACACCAGCCUACACAACCCCAACGUCAAGGAUAAGCCAACAGUGGAGCGUUUCAUCGCCAUGAACCGUGGCAUCAAUGAUGGCGGAGAUCUGCCUGAGGAGCUGCUCAGGAAUCUCUAUGAGAGUAUAAAAAACGAGCCUUUCAAAAUUCCCGAGGAUGAUGGCAACGACUUGACGCACACCUUCUUCAACCCUGACCGCGAAGGCUGGCUUCUGAAACUUGGAGGUGGACGGGUGAAGACGUGGAAGCGGCGAUGGUUCAUCUUGACAGAUAACUGCCUUUACUACUUUGAGUAUACCACGGACAAGGAACCACGAGGCAUCAUACCACUGGAGAAUCUGAGUAUCCGCGAGGUGGAGGAUUCAAAAAAGCCAAACUGCUUUGAGCUGUAUAUUCCUGACAACAAGGACCAGGUGAUUAAGGCCUGCAAGACUGAGGCAGAUGGGCGUGUGGUGGAAGGGAACCACACUGUGUACCGCAUCUCUGCACCCACCCCAGAGGAGAAGGAAGAGUGGAUCAAGUGCAUCAAAUCUGCCAUCAGCCGGGACCCGUUCUAUGAGAUGCUCGCAGCACGCAAGAAGAAGGUGUCCUCCACCAAGCGACAUUAGUCUCUCUGGUCUACUUGAGCGGUGGCGGCAGCAGCAUUGG